UUGGCCUUCACAGCAGUGGUGUUUCACCCCAUCGGCUCACGUUUCCUAACUUUCUUCUGCAGUGGCUGGUGAAGCGAGCUAUAGAAACAAAAGAAGAGAUGGGUGACUACAUCCGCUCCUACUCUGUGUCCCAGUUCCAGAAGACCUGCAGUCUCCCUGAGGAUGAUGACUUCCUCAAGAGAAAAGAAAAGGCCGUCAAGACUGUUGUUGACCUCUCAGAUGUUUACAAGCCCCGUCGGAAAUACAAAUGCCAAGAGGAGCUGCUUGAUGAAGAAUCUCGAAUCCAUGCUACACUUUUGGAAUAUGGCAGGGUGACUGACUCCUUGAUGUGAGUGUGCCUCCUUGUGCUUCUUCCUUUAUGCUGGAAGUGGUUGCUGUGCGCUGCCUCACAACCCAACCCUCCUUGGGUGGCUGGAACUAACAGCACUACCACCUAGUGUCUCCCUAAAUGAGCACCCGAUGGCUUCCCCCUCUGGGGUAAUAGAACCAGCGGAAGUUAGGCUUAAUUGGCUUAAUUAUUCCAUCUUUCAAAUGGAAUUGCAAUCACCACUUUGUUUUUGUUUUUGAGGGAGUAGUGUGGGGUCAAGUCCUUCCUUCUCAAGGAUGAAAACUAGUCUGUUUUCUAACUAGUUGUUAGUUCUGUCCCUAAGCCACCUGGUGUGUCAGCUGCCCCCACAGCUGACAAGUUGCUGCUGUGAAUUGAACCCCUCUUCUGAGUCAGGCAGUACCAGAGCAGCUACGUAAUUUAUGGGACCCAAUAUAAAUGAAAAUGCAGGGCUCCUUGUUAAGAAUUAUUAAUAAUGAUUAAUUGUCAAGAAUUUCAAGACAGCAACAACAACCAAGUGUGGGGCCCUUCUACCUGUGGGGGCCCUGUGCAGCUGGACGGUUGCACGCCAUGGGCACCGUGAUGGGGUCUUUCUAGCCAAGCCCAAGCUGCAAGUGAGUAGAUGAGGCUGCACUGCUCUGGGUGACCCAGAGCUGGAGAGACAACCUCUGUGAAUGUCACAUGUUCCAGAGCCAGAGUACUUAGGGGAAUGUUGUGCUGUUUGUUAGUUUGUAUUGUUCAUACCUCCAUUUUUUCCAAUAUCAUGGAUCCUGCGAUGUUCCUGAGAGUGAAAAGGAGUCAGAGAGUUGGUAAAUGACCCACCUCACGGAGACCAUGCUGACGCUAUUUCGAUACUUUGUUUUGAAAUCCUCAGUUUCAAAUUGGAUCUUUUGUGUGCCUGGUAGAUGGUAGCUGUUAUCACCUUGUGAGGGCUGGGUAAAUUCGAGACAUCCUCUGCAUCCUCAGGAGUGCUUGGUGCAGUUUGAGGCCAGAGUCAGGCUGGGCUUUCUUUACGGAAGGGAGCAGGGCACAGCUUCUGUUUGUGACUCCUCUCACAUUUGGAGGGUGAGAAAGGGGCACAGUGUCGCAGUAGCAAUCUUAGUUCCUGUUGGUGGGUCAUGCUGAGUUCUCCUGAUUUCUAAGACGAGGGUAGGUGUGUGAUGAGGAUUAUUUGUUUUUGUUUUUUUGGGAGAGGGAUUAUUUAGCUUUCUGUGGAGCUUUCUGGCAAGGAGAGAGUGGGUUUGUGAGAGGUGGGCAAGUGGAUACUUAGGACAUUUUGAUAGUUUUUUUAGCUCAUUCUCCUUUGUGAGAAUGGUAAAGACAGCAUUCAGAAGGGUUAAAAAAUAAUUUGCCCAAGGUCAACUACUAACGAUUAAGAACUAUUAAGAGCCUCAGACUGUGACUUGAACUCAGGUUUGUUGGGCUCUAAAAGCGUGUCAUUAUCGUUAUCUACAAAUAUUGUUUGAGCCUCCAGUGAGAGUCUGGCUCUUGGUUUUAGAAGGACAGGUGUAGUCUUAGUUAUUUGGUCUGAGACCGAAUAAGAAAGGAGUGGUUGUUAAAACUGACAGAGUAUAUUGGAUAAAGUUAAAGUGCCAACAAGUGUGUUUUGUUUUCCUUCUUUGGCAAGUCCCCUCCCCUCCUUUCUGGCUCUCCGACUCUUUCCUCAGGGUUCUGUUCAGAACUCUCCACUGCAUGGAGACCUUUCCCCUUAAAUGAGGAUUACAUAACAAUAUAUAUGUGAAUAACUUUGAACGGUUUGUCUUGUGUAGAAAAUGGUAAAUGUCAACUCUUAGAUGCUGUCAUCACCAUUAUCACCAUCAUCAUUAGCAGCAGCAGUUUU